CUAUUGCGCAUGUGCACAAUGCCCACCCACGUGCCACUCAAACAAAUGUCAAGUCAGCUCUGAAAAGAAUGGGAGACGAGGAGUAUGACGGUGGCGGUGGUGGGGACUUUAGUGGAGGGGAGGAGCCAAUAGAUGAUUUUGAUGAUGCUGCAGACGAGGCUGGGGAAGGAGGAGAGCCGGCCGUCGAGUUCAUUAAUGCAGAAGAUUCAAGUGUUGCCGUGGCAAUAGCUAAUCGGACGACCACCCCCUACAUGACUAAGUACGAGAGAGCGAGAGUGUUAGGAACAAGAGCCCUGCAGAUAAGUAUGGGCGCCCCUGUUAUGGUAGAGCUGGAGGGGGAAACAGACCCUCUCAAAAUCUCCAUGAAGGAACUCAAAGCUAAGAAGAUCCCCAUCAUUAUUCGCCGUUACCUACCAGAUGGGAGUUACGAGGAUUGGUCAGUGGAGGAACUAAUUGUUGAAUAGUCAGGAGCUCCUGUUAUAACUAUAACUCAGACACACAUUUUGAAGAUUGCGUAACAUGUUUUCAGGGUACUACAUCACCACGCAUGUUGUGAUGCACAUGCGGUUGUAUAUAGCUAUUGUCUUUGUAUCUCCUUCUUUUGUUUAUUUUUUGCGGCUCAAUUGACAUCACAACAUUAAUUGUUAUCACUUUCUGUUCUUUUAAUAAGUCACACCAUAUGAAAUGUAAUUUUCUUGGGGUAAAAUUCA